AGUAGCUGCAGCACACGCCUCCUUCAACCUUUGCACAAUACGUUUCAGUUUUACAAAUAGACACAUGGAGUGAAUAUGAAACCUGAGAGCCAAUGUACAGCACGUAAACUCUAUAAAGUGCAUAGCGGAGUUGCUGGUGAUCAGGUGUGGGUAAUUUUCCACGACGGCACUGAAGAGUUUUCUGACAUUCAACCUUGCCCUCUAGUGGCAUUCUGUGGAUACAACACAAUUGCCGGCCAAGAGAGAAGGACCCCAUGAGAUGCAGCAUCCCAGGGAAGAGAGUAUGACCUGUUAAAAACUGCAAUUACAGCAACAGAUCCAUAAUUGCUAUUGUAAACUGGACUAGAUUAAGGGACUAGCAAAUGAAACAUGAAGAUACAUGGGAUAAACCUAUAUGACCCAUGAUUAAAAGCUGCAAGUCUUGCUCAAGAAACUGCAAAUUGAGUCACACAGGAAAGGACACUUCCCAAGAGAACCAAGAAAAACAAAAGAAAGAUGGACGCAUGGGCAAAUAUAAGCACACUGCCCACAUCUACACUAGUUCCAAAUGACACAAGAAAGACCGCCUCUCACAGGUGGGAGUUCCUGGUAGCCGUGCUGGCCACCGCCCUCUCCAUGUUCAUUCUAAUGGCUCUAUUGGCUAAGUGUCAAGCGGUUCGGCGCUACCUGGCAAGGUAUCGGCACACUCGGUUGAGGGAGACAGACACACUCAGCCAGUGUGAGCAGUCAGGUCUUGAGGUGGGCUUUGACAUGCAUGGGGAAUGUGAGAUGAACCGUCAUCAUCCUGUGAGUGCUGAAGAUGACGAUGGCUUCAUUGAGGACAACUACAUCCCAACAAGUGAAAGAGUGAGAGCUGAAAGAGCAGCAGAGAACAUGGAUGAUAUGGAGGACACAGAGGAAGAACUGGAUGAAAGUGAAUUCAUCAUUACAUAGAAAUCCAGCGAUGUUUGACCUCAUUUGCUGCGCAAACACCUGCACCCUCAAGUGAACCCCCAUGUCCAAUCCCACUUUUUCAUUUUUUAUUUUUUGCAUACUUUAAUGACCAACUGGGUAGCUAAUAACUGAAGCAUUCAGAAAUUAUCAAGCGGUUUAUUGCGCUUUCAUUUUCAGGACAGAAUGAUAAUAACUAUCAUUUAGGUGUGCAGACCUAUGAAAUCGUUUUCGGGAUUUUAAAUACAAACCCAGAAGAACAUGCCCCAUUUAUUCAACAUUUUCAGAGAAGGAAGACUUUUAAUAACGUAACCCUUUCAGCGUUUCACAGUUGCUUGAUUGAUUUUGCAUCAACGGCCAUGUUCAAGGGUACCUUUUUUGCUUGACUAAAAAUGCAGCAAAUAUUAAAAGUGUCUAAUGUAUUAAUAUACAGUAUGUGUUGAAAAAAAAAGCCUAUCAGGAUGAAAAAAUAUACAAAGCUGUGCUCGAGCAAGUGAUCGUUCUCCUUUUAUGCUUCCAGACAGCUUAUGUUUCCCUAUGGAAAAUUAUUGCAACAGCGUUUAAUUUAUUUUGUUACAAUUGUGACCUCAUGAUAAAAUUCUUUCAUUGUCUCUUUUCCUUUUCAAAAGCAACAUGUAACACAUAAUUAAAAUAAGCUUUGAAAAAAACAA